AGGGAACAUUCAGGAUCACUGCUAAGGAGAGUCCAGAGAGGGUGCGGCAGGAGGAUGCAGCCCUGCCUCCCAGCGGACCACGGGGGCCAUACGGGGCCGUGCGCAUCGCCUCCACAGCGUUGUGCAUGUGGGGGGCUCCUUAAAGAGACGCGCCGAACACACGGCACCGACUUUCUCCAUUGAAGAAUCAGCGAAAUGAGGAACGGCGCCAACCCGGCACAAUGCGCUCCAGGCUCCCAGUCCCAAGGACCGCCUGCUUAUUCCGAAUCGUUGCGCUCUGCAUCCUUCUCUCUCACACUGCAGCUUACUUUGGGCUGACAGGUCGCGAGCCCUUGGUGUUUUUACCGGGUCCGUUUUCCAAUGACGCUCCAACAGGAAAGGCCCACCUGAAGCAGUGCGAGCAGAUGAGUCUGACCAGGCGGCAGAAGCGGAUGUGCCGCAGGGAACCAGGUCUGGCCGAGACGCUGCGGGAGUCGGUGCGCCUCAGCCUGCUGGAGUGUCGCUAUCAGUUCAGGAACGAGCGCUGGAACUGCAGCCUGGAUGGCCGGGGGAGCCUCUUGAAAAGAGCGUUCAAGGAGACCGCCUUCCUGCUGGCGGUGUCCUCGGCGGCGCUGACCCACGCCCUCGCCAAGGCGUGCAGCUCGGGCCGCAUGGAGAGGUGCACGUGCGACGACUCCCCCGGCAUCCAGCACCGAGAGGCGUGGCAGUGGGGGGUCUGCGGCGACAACCUGAAAUACAGCACCAAGUUCCUCAAGAGGUUCCUCGGCCAGAAGAGGGUCAGCAAGGACCUGAGGGCUCAGAUGGAYGCCCACAACAUCAACGUUGGAAUUCGGGCCGUGAAGAGUGGACUGAAAACGACCUGCAAGUGUCACGGCGUCUCCGGCUCCUGCGCCGUGCGGACCUGCUGGAAGCAGCUGUCGCCGUUCCACGACACGGGGCGGCUGCUCAAGUACCGCUACGACAGCGCCGUGCGGGUGCUGAGCGUCACCAACGUGGCCACGGGCGAAACGGAGCUCGCCGGCCCCCGCCGCCACGGCCAGAGCCUACGCGCCACCGACCUGGUCUACCUGGAGGACUCGCCCAGCUUCUGCAGGCCGUCCCGCUACUCGCCCGGCACGGGGGGCCGGUCGUGCACCAAGGACACGAGCUGCCAGAGCCUGUGCUGCGGCCGCGGCUACAACACGGCCGUGCGCCUCACCAGCCUCUCCUGCCACUGCCAGGUGCGCUGGUGCUGCCACGUGGAGUGUCAGACGUGCGUGAGGGAGGAGGAGGUGUACACCUGCAAGAACGCGUAAACAAACUAGAAAAAAAAAGACCAAAAAAAAAAAAACACAGAAGACUUGGAUGUAAAAGAAAGGAAAGCAAAGAGAAAAUGUGACAAAGACUUAAUGUUUAACAAAACUUGCAUGUUAUGUUGGGAGGAAACUGUAACACUAUCAUAUUACUGGCUACUUGCUAAUCAUCGCUGGUUUGAUUUGCAGCAGCUGGCUGCGGCUGUGCAGCUGACCUGCUUUUCUCUCACUGGAUGCACUGAAAUCCCACUUUUUGGGAAAAGCAUAAAAAAAUAAAUAAAUAAAUAAAAGCAGACCCUGGACGGGAUUCAGCCAGCAGGACGACACUGAAGCCCAGCUAUCUGAGAGCCCUGACUGCUUUGUUGUUUGGUAUUCACUCGCCUACAUUUGACUAUUUAUUGUGCCGAACUCUGUCUCUCAUUUUGCUGCUUUACAUUUUAAAUCUUAUGAUCAAGUGUCGCCGGCGAGGCUUCAGUUGAGGAAGCUUACCUGUCUGUCUGUGUGACUGCUGUGGGGAACGUUUAAAGUUCUUUAUUAAAAAAAUGGAAACAACAACAACAACAAUAAAAAAAAAGAAAAGCACUAAGGUUGCUCUGCAAAGUGCGUUUUUAACGUUAAGGUCUAAAUAGAAUCACUGGAAGCUGAUGUACAUUACAUGCAUUWACAGGGUUAUCGUGUAAAGAAGAACACUGAGGUUUUUUUUCAGUUGCUCUUAUGGAAAUGUCUAUGGAAAUCUCUACAUGUGCGGAGCAGAACAAAGGGACAGGGUGACACGGACUCUCUUUGAAAUUUAACUCAAUUUGGGAACAUACCAGCUUUUUUUCCCCCUCUAAUUUUAAGUAUUUAUAGAAGCCCACGUGUUCAGAUACUUUCAUGGGUAAAAAGGCCUUUCUAAACUAUUUGGCUUUCCUAGCCUAAAUUAGCCACAUCUUUGUUCUUCGUGCCUUUGAAGUGAAUCAAUCGUGCUCCUUAUUUUCCCUAAUUGCUAAUCAAAGAAAAUAACCGUGUUUACUCCACUUACUGCAACUCUUUGUCCAUGUGUGCAGGUUGAAAGGCCACGCCGGACCCAAAACUGUAUGUUUCUGUUUUAUCUGAGCGACCCUGAGCUGUAUAUAUAACUCACAUCGGGGCUCCAGGCAUCUGCCAAUGUGGAAUUGUAAUUUUCUACCUCACUUCAACUUUUUUGGCAAAUAUCAGUGAGAUUUAUGAGCUGUGCAGAGUUAUCCUCUCUGUAGAUACUUGUCGUUCCCUCUGCAUUUGUUUGAAAUAUCCUAUUUUCGAUGUCUGUACAGGUCCCGCGAAUGUGGUCAAAUGUAURAUCCAUUAUCAAAAGGUUUUAUCUUGCUGCUUCACACUUUUAUUUAAAACAAGGUUAAUAAAGAGACAUACAUUUGUAAGA